CUGUCAUUUUUUUUUCGUUCGUUCAUUUGUUUUUCAUUAAAUUUCAUCAUCAUCAUCAAAUCAUCAUCAUGUUUAUUAAAAAACUUAUCCUUGACGGCUUCAAAUCAUAUGGAAAACGUGUUGAAAUCACCGAUUUUGAUCCAUCAUUCAAUGCCAUCACUGGUUUUAAUGGUAGUGGAAAAUCGAAUAUUCUCGAUGCAAUUUGUUUCGUACUUGGUCUAUCCAAAUUAGAACUUGCACGUUGUCAUACGUUGAAUGAUUUAAUUUAUAAAAAUGGACAUGCCGGUGUUACAACGGCAUCGGUUACAAUGGAAAUUGAUAAUACAGAUGGUAAAUUUUCACAUAGUGAUUAUAGUAAUUCACCAGUGAUUGUUGUUCGUCGUGAGAUCAAUAUGAAAAAUCAAUCCAAAUAUUAUAUUGAUGGAUUCUGUGUGACCAAAGAAAAAUUGAUGGAUUUUUUUCAAUUAGUAUCAUUGAAUAUUCAAAAUCCACAUUUUCUAAUUAUGCAAGGUAAAAUUGUUAAAGUCGUAUCGAUGAAACCAACCGAGAUAUUAUCAAUGAUUGAAGAAGCUGUCGGUGUCAGUGUUUAUGAGAACAAAAAGAAACAGAAUUUGAUCAGAAUUGAAAAAUGUGAUAAAUCAUUGAAUGAAAUUGGCUAUUUAAUUGAUGAAUCCAUUCGGCCAAAAUUGAAUCGAAUUUGUGAAGAACAAAAAGCACUACGAGAAUAUCAUACAAUCAAAGCCAGAUAUGAUCAAAUGUUUAAAAUUUCAAUUGCACAUCGAUAUUUGAAAGAUAAACAUAUUGUCGAUAUGGCCGAUACAAAUGUUGAAUCACAUAGAGCAUCUAUACAGGCAAAAGAAGAUGAAAAAUUUCGUCUUAUUUCGGAUUCAGAAACAUUGGCCAAACAAAUUGAAACAUUACAAAAACGAUUAGAUGCCAGUAUGGGUGGUGAUCUUCGGCAAUUUGAAACCAAUGUAAAUCAAAAGCAAAAUAUUCUCCAACAGAUGAAUAUGAAACAAAAAUUGAAACAAGAUCAACUUGACGAAGAACAAAAUGAAUUGACAACAGUACAGAAAAAAUUAAACAAAGAAACGAAAAUAUUGACUAAUAAACAGAAUGAAUUUGAUGAAUUGAAAAAAACAUUGGAACAAUUGAAAAAUGAACAUGAAACAAAUGAAAAAUUAUUCAAUAAAGCUCAAGAAGAUUUAGAGGCCAUAAAUUUUGGCAAAUCCAAAGGCAUUCAAGGUGAAAAAGCGGCAACAUUAACACAUCAAUUAAUGACCACUAAAGAUACAUUGGCCGAUGUUGAAUCACGGAUCAAUAAAUGCAAAUUGAUUAUUGAACAUACAACAAAAGAAUUGACAACGAAAAAUAAACAAAUAAAAUCCGAUAAAGAUGUUUAUGAUGGUAUCAUACAUGAUAUUGAAAAACGACGUAAAGAAAUGGAACAAUUGCAACAAGAAAUGAAUGUAAUUGAUUUUAGUGAAGAAAAUUUUGAAGAAAUGAAACAAAUUAAUUCACGUUUGAAAAAUGAUAUAUUAUUAUUGCAGGAUAAAAUUAAUCAUUUACGUCCAUCAGUACCUUUUUCAAAAUUUAAAUGUCCAGAUUCAUUGGAUAUUGAUGAAGAAUCAAUAUAUGGUGUUGUUUGUGAUUUAUUCACUAUUAAUCAUCCAGAACAACAUUCUGUUGCCAUUGAAAAAGUAUGUGGUGGCCGUCUUUUCAAUGUUAUUGUAUCCAGUGAUGAAGUGGGUGCUAAAUUGAUCAAGAAAAAUCUUAAAGAACGACGUACAUUUUUACCAUUGAAUAAAAUCACUGGAAGAGAUACCGAUAUUCGUGCAUUACGAUUGGCUGAACAAUUAGUUGGCCGUGGUAAUGUUCAUUAUGCUAUCAAUUUGGUUUCAUUUGAUAAUGAAUUGAAAAAUGCAAUGAAAUAUGUAUUCGGUGAUACGAUGCUAUGUCCAAAUAUGAAUAUGGCUAAAAAAAUUGCCUUUGCCAACGGUAUCAUGAAACGUGUUGUAACAUAUGAUGGUGAAAUAUUCGAUCCAACCGGUACAUUGACUGGUGGUGCAUUGAAGAAUAGCCAAUCAUCAUUGGAGAUUAUUGGUGAAAUUAAAUCCAUUGAAGAAGAAUUACAUUUGCAUCGUAUUCGUAAACAACAGGCUGAAGAUGAAUUGAAACAUCUGGAUCGUAAUGCAAAACAAUUUGAAGAUAAAAAAUCAAAAUUAUUAUUAAAACAACAAGAAAUUGAUGGAUUAAAUCUACGUUUACAAGAAUCAUGUCAUUAUGUUACAAUGAAAGAUAUUGAAGAUAUGAAACAACGAAUAAAUGAUGAACAAAAUUCGUUGAAACAAUUGGCCAAUGAAAAAUCAGCCAUCAAUGAUCGUAUUAAAGAAAUUGAAUAUAAAAUUCAAAAUUCUGAAUCAACAAAAAAACAGGAACUAAAAGAAGCAAAAAAUUAUCUAUCAUCAAUACAAAAACAAUGUGAAACAACUGGUAAACAAUUGCAAAAUGAUGAAAAACAAUUUGUUUGCCUGGAACAAGAACUACUACAUCAUCGUGAAUGUGUUGAUGUGUUGGAUAAACAGAUUGAAAAAAUUCAUUCAGAUAUUGAACAAAUCAAAAAAGAAUUGCUCACCAUACAGAAUGAAAUUGAUAAUUGUCAAAUGGAAAUGAAAUGUGCGCAAGAAAAAUAUGAUGAAUAUAAACAACAAUUGAAUGAAAAAUCAAAAGAAAUACAAAAACUACAAAAACAAUCCGAUAUGAUACGUAAUCUUGUUGAUGAAAUUGGCCGUGAAAUUAAAUUGAAAACAUAUGAAAUGGAAAAAAUUGAAACAUCCAUACAUGAAGCACAGGAACGUUUACGAUCAAUGUUGCAUAAAUAUCAAUGGAUUAAAGAUGAAGCAAAAGAUUUUCAUUCCGAUCAAAAUGAAUAUCGUAUAUUGAAUCAGAUGGAUUUUGAUGAAAAUGUUUUUUUCGUUAAAUUAAAAUCAUUAAAAUUGCAACAAGAAUCAUUGGGAAAAUCUGUGAACAUGAAAGCCAAUAUAAUGCAUGGACAAAUGCAAAAAGAAUUUGAAGAACUAUUACAUAAACGUGAUGUAACAUUGAAAGAUAGAAAAAAAUUAAUACAAUAUAUGGAAAAGGUGGAGAAAGAAAAAGAUAAAGAAUUACGAAAAGCGUGGAAAAAAAUUAAUGAAAAUUUUGGCGCUAUUUUUGGCACAUUAUUACCAAAUGCUAAUGCAAGAUUGGCACCAGUAUCGUCACGUAUAAAAGAUGGUCUAGAAAUUAAAGUUGCAUUCGGUGAUGUAUGGAAAGAAUCAUUAUCUGAAUUGAGUGGUGGCCAACGAUCAUUGGUGGCAUUAUCAUUAGUAUUAUCAUUGUUAAAAUAUUAUCCAGCACCAUUAUAUAUUUUGGAUGAAAUUGAUGCAGCAUUGGAUCAAAGUCAUACACAAAAUAUUGGAUUAAUGAUUCGUAGACAUUUUAAAAAUGCACAGUUUAUCAUUGUAUCAUUAAAGGAUGAUAUGUUUAACAAUGCAAACGUUUUGUUUCAAACAAAAUUUAUCGAUGGAUUUUCAACUGUUGACCGGAUUAAAUUAUGAAAAUUUUCGUUUUAUUUUCUGAUAUGAAUCAUCAUCAUCAUCAUCGUAAUCAUCGACGAAAAUUGUUUUUUUUUUAUCUCUCCCAUCAUAUCACAUCUCUUUUUUUUCAAAAUCAAAAUCACAUUUUUUUCAUGAUACACAAACACGCACCUAUACAUAUACACCACCCCCAUCUCUCUUUAAAUUAUAUUCAUAGACAUCAUCCAUGUUUUUUUUACAACAACAAAACAAAAAUUGAAAUGAGGAAAUUUCAAUAAAUUUGAUU